CAAAUCAAUCGCCAGGGAACUCAAGAAUCCGGCAAAAUGACCAAAUCCCUCCGGUUCGCCGAUGGCGUCGAAGUGCCCGUGCCUGGGUUUGGUGCCAUGGGCAUCAACUGCGCCAUGGGCAAAAAUCUAAGCUACGAGGAAGCCGAGCCUGUGCUUCUGAAGGCCCUCGAGCUGGGUGCCACGUUUUGGGACACUGCGGUCUCCUAUGCGGCUGGAGUGAACGAGAAGAUACUGGGCGACUUUAUCAAGAAACACAACUGCCGGGACAAAAUCUUCAUUGCAUCGAAAUGCGGCAUCGCUGCCUUUGAAGAUGGGAGCUGCACCAAUUCCGCCUCUCACAUUGAAACAUACAUCGAGGGGACAAUCGAGAGACUUGGCUUCGCCCCUGAUCUGUACUACUUGCACCGCAUAGAUCCAAACACCCCCCUUGAGGAAUCGAUUCCGGCGCUCGAUUCGCUUCGCAAGCAAGGCAAGACAAAGUACAUUGGCCUUUCUGAGUGUUCCGCCGCUACCCUGCGAAAGGCAAAUUCCAUCGCAAAAAUCGAUGCUGUACAGGCUGAAUACUCUGCCUUUGAGACUCUCCACGAGACAGAUGGCUUGAUCGACACUGCGCGCGAGCUCGAUGUUGCUUUCGUGGCGUAUGGUCCCCUUGGCCAUGGGUGGCUUGUAGAUGAUUUCCCCUAUGAAACACCGGACGACUUCGCCCCUGAUGAUUACAGGCGACAGAUCCCAAAAUUCCAAGGCGAGAAUUUCUACGCCAACAAGAGAAUUUCCGAGGGUUUCAGAGUGUUGGCUGAGCGUAAGAAAUGCAAGCUGCCGCAGGUCGCUCUCGCAUGGGUCGCCAGUCAGGGCAUAAUAGCGCUCCCUGGCACGACAAACCCGGAACGCUUGGUCGACAAUUGGGCCUCGCGGGAAAUAGAACUCACAGAGGAUGACCUAGAGUUCAUGCGCAAGAUUGUGGAUAUACUCAAACCUCAGGGUGAUCGGUAUAAUGAGGAGGCAAUGGUGAAUAUUGGUAACUAGACACUAGAUGUCGUAAACCAUGAGCAACCCGCUCGCGCAAGUGAUGGUUGGAGCGCUGACGACAUUCUCAACCUUGCUCAUGGUGGUGUCACAAUGCUAUUCCGGG